AUGGAAAUUCCUGUGUGUUGGCAAGACUGGCACAGCGAUGUUAAAUCGAAAGCUGCCAAAAUCCGCCGUGCUCAGCAGCAGACUGUUGGAGGGCCUGGAACUGCACCCUUAUCUGCCAUGGAGGAAUCUCUAAUGGCAUUUAUUGGCCACGAAGCAGCAGAGGGCCUUGCUGUUGCCGAUACCUUAGAGAUUCCUGAAAGUGAUGCAGAAGUAGAAGCUGGUGGUGACGAAGAUGUCCACAAUCCGGUUGUGGAUGAUAGAAAAACAACGAAAAAACAAGAUAGACUUGAAGAGUGUCUAGAAGUUCAGGCUGCAGCUAUGAAUACGCUCUCACAGUCAAUGAAUAAUUUGGCUGCAGCUAUAAAUAAUUUUGCUGCAGCCCUCAAAUCCAUGGCCAAUAAAAGUGAUGAAUGA